AUGAAUGCCCGCCGGGAGGGCGCUAACAUCUUCUCGACUGGCCCCAUCCAUUACGCAAGCCCGAAUAGCCACGAUGAUACCACUCUCACUUUGCUACAGAAAAACGAAACCUUAGCCUAUGCUCUCCUUGCUCUUCUCUCGGUCUACCUUCUCCUCGAUCAUUUCGGCUUCGCUCCGGUCUCAUUAAUACGCAUCGCCUGGAACGUGCUUGUUUUCGCGACCCCGUCUUGGGUCAUCGUCGCGUUAGAUACUCGCAUGUCGCCAUCCGAAUCCUCUCCCUCCAGACCCACGCCGAUGACUUUUCAAGCCAAAAAUGAAGCUAUGCAGCGAAUUUGUGGCCUUGACAACAACUCAUUUCCAUUGAUUACUCGUUCGCGAUCCUUAUCGGGUCUCGGAAACGCCCUCCUGGGCAACAGCAACGAUGCGAUACCCCCGGGACUAGGAAAUUGGGACAACUCUUGCUACCAGAAUAGCAUCAUUCAAGGGCUAGCUUCUUUGAAGACUCUUGCCACUUUUCUGGGGCGAAAUAUCGAUUCUCUAGGGGAGAAAGGGUCAUUUUCUACACACCAGGCACUCAAAGAAAUAAUCGACCAUCUAAAUAGUGCAUCCAAUUAUGGACAUAAGCUAUGGAUUCCCUCGGACUUGAAAUCCAUGAGCAGCUGGCAACAACAAGAUGCGCAAGAAUAUUUCUCCAAAUUGGUGGACCAAAUCGAUAUCGAAAUCCAACAAGCAUCGCGUGGACAGACAAGGAAUAUGGGGCUAAAGAUGGUUGGUCGAGAGGAAAACAUCCUCAAGGAUAUCUGCGAUGACAACCAAGAGACCGAGGAGGACGUGAUCCAGAAAGCUUCCCUCCGCAAUCCACUGGAAGGCUUGCUUGCUCAACGAGUAGGCUGCAUGCAAUGUGGUUGGACCGAGGGGCUGUCGCUCAUUCCAUUCAACUGCCUUACCGUGCCACUCGGUGAGAACUUUGAGUAUGACGUACGCGACUGUUUGGAUCAGUACAUGACAUUAGAACCCAUUGAGGGGGUGGAGUGUGCCAAAUGUACAUUGCUGCGCGCACAGGGUCAACUCCAGAAUCUCCUCGGUGGCAUGACCCAUGACGAGAGUUCACCCGAUAGCAGCUUACAGACACCAGGCUUAUCUGAUGCUUUAAGGAUCUCCGCACAAGAACGGCUUGAUUCUGUACAGACUGCCCUUGAUGAAGAUGAUUUCGCCGAUAAGACACUGACCAGCAAGUGUCGUAUCCCGUCCAAAAAUCGAGUGUCCACUACCAAAUCCCGACAAGCAGUUAUCGCGCGCGCGCCACAGUGCCUGGCUGUCCACGUCAAUCGAAGUCUCUUCGAUGAGAUGACUGGAAUGCUGAAGAAGAACCAUGCGGCUGUCAAAUUCCCGAGGCAUAUGGAUUUGAAUCAUUGGUGCCUUGGUACUCAGGCUGGGAAGUCUGAGAAUUCACUAGAGCAAUGGGAGACAAAUCCCUCUGAAUCCAUGCUCCCCUCGCCUGGUCAGGCGGUAUCGCUGCCCAGUAGACACUAUGAGCUUCGGGCUAUCAUCACUCAUUAUGGUCGACACGAGAACGGACAUUACAUCUGUUACCGCAAGUAUCCGACUUGUGUAUUUCCAGCCCCUAUCCCAGAUGAGGUUCUCCAAGCAGAGGGUGAUAAGGAAAAACCCGAACGCUGGUACCGACUGAGUGACGACGAUGUGCAAAUGGUCAGCGAAGGCCACGUGAUGUCUCAGGGUGGUGUUUUCAUGCUUUUUUAUGAAGCGAUUGAGGGCCCGCUCCCAGCACAACACAAGGCCGAGGUUGAAAUGCCAGAAUGUGUCCCUGAUGACACAGUUGAGUCAUUUUCCAACUCUACCAUGUCUGAAAACAUGUCCGUUACGACAACCAUCACUGACGACGAUUACGAUACAUCACGCGCAACUAGUAUAUCAACUCCUGACCAUCCUUCUUUACAUACGGAUGAUAUAAAAGAGGCCUUUCCACCACUUGAGGCCUCGAAUACAGUUUAUCUCGAAUCUGAAAACUCAACGGACAGCCUCGCAUCACCCUCUAUGAUUACCGCAUCAUGA